AUGGAGGUAUCCAGGGUCCCUUUUCAGCUCUCAGGCCGGUAUGCCGAGCGAAAUCGGUGGGAAGUUCUCAACGGCCCUGGCGACUCGCGUGCAACGGGAAAUCAAAUCAUCCAAGAUGAAGGUCUAGUUGGCCAAUGGGACGACAAGGUAGUCCUGAUUACCGGCGUUUCCUCUGGAAUUGGCGUUGAGACAGUGCGCGUCUUAGCACAGACUGGAGCGACUAUAUUUGGCACAGCCCGGAAUCUCGAGAAGGCGGAGGUCUUGAGUGACCUCCUUGAUACUGGGCGUGUCAAGCUUCUUUUCAUGGACCAGACGGACCUUUCGAGUGUUCGGGCGUGUGCUGAGAAUUUUCUCAAGGAGAGCUCUAGACUCAAUAUUAUUAUCAACAACGCGGCAGUGAUGAACACCCCAGAAAGCCAUAAUCUUCUGGAAACCGCACGUUCCACGCCCACCUUCCGCUCCCGUGUUAUCAGCGUUUCCUCAGCGGGCCACCGGUUUAGUCCUGUUCCUCUGGACAAUAUCAACUUUGAAGGCAACUACAAUGGUUGGCUUGCUUAUGGAUCUAGCAAGACGGCCAAUAUCUAUAUGACCAACCAAAUCGAGCGUUUGUAUAGCGCACAAGGUCUUCAUGGCUACAGCGUACACCCUGGGGCCUUCGUGAGCCCCAACCUUCAGAAACACUCCCAGGAAGAAAUGAAAGCGGUGAUGGAGGACAAGCGCGCUCAGGCAUAUCUGUCUAGUCUCGAACAGGCCUGCGCCACGACCAUCUAUGGCGCUGUCUCGAGCGAACUGGAAGGGAAAGGCGGACUGUAUUUGGAAGGGUCAUCUAUAGCAGUUCAUCCAACUCCUUCGGACGGGGACGCACUCGAAUAUGGAUACGGCAGUUGGGCAUUUGAUGAGGCCAAGGAGACGGAGCUGUGGAAACUUAGCAAAUCCUGGGUAGGAGUAGAGUAG